CCGGUUAUGUAUUCCCCCAAGGUAUUUGGAGUUAAAGAGAGAGAGGCACGAUUUCAAGAACAAAUGAAUCGUCGUAUUUUGAUCGACUGGGUGCGUAUAACUGGUCUCAAAAAUCCUUAUAGGAAGAAAUUGGACCGUCUUCUAGAUGAUUUUGGAAAAGACGUCUUGAAAGUGCCUGAAGAAUUAAAGGAUUGGUUUGCAUGGCCGGCCCCAGCGGGGAAGAAAGGGGAUAUAUUAGCUAUUAGGGUUCAAAUCAGUUACAAAUUUUGGAAAUAUUUCAUAUCAACUGGCAAAAAUAAUUUGUACGAGUAUAAUCACAAAAAUGGUGAAGACAUAAAUGUUGCCAGAGAAAAAACUCUUUCCUUGACUGAUCAAGAUCGCCUCGGAUUAUAUAUGAGAAGAAUUGUAAAGCAGAAGUACUUGGAGAAAGGGAAGAAUGUGGAAAUUAGUUACCGUAGAGGCAUGAUCAAGAUUGGAAAAUCGGAUCCUGUAAAACCAGCAAUGGCUGUUUAUGUAUACGACAUUGACAUCAAUGAUUGGAAUGGAGUUCCCAUCGACACUCUGUUAAGUGAGGAAGAGAAAAAAUCGAUUGAAGGCUGUUCGGAAAAAAUGUCGCAUCAUCAGCUACCACGCCUUAUCGCUGCAGGAUCAACACGGAAAAUAGUGAAUGGGGAAGUUUUCGACAAAGCAGAGCUAGCUCUGCAAGAAGAAGCUAAACAUUGCACCAAGCUUGACUUACCCUAA